UAUACACAUUGCUACAAUGCGCAGCCGAGUCCACUGAAACCAUUGCCCUGAAAAAACAUAAAAAAAAACCUCGGCGACCACACUCCGGCAAGUUGGGAUGCCUGCUAAAUUGCGCCGCGUGGUGCGCUACACUCUACAGGUACAUUGUCCCUCUCAAACCCUAAACCCUAAACCCUCACUCUCUGCCCCCUUUGCUUCUUCUUCUAAUCCCUAUAAUUCCCAGAAAUUUGAUUUUCUCGAACAAUUUUUGCCUCUUAGCACUUCGAUUUCCAGUAGUUUUAGCAGAAUUAAUUCAAAUGAGCGGCGAAGAAUCGUCGUCGGGUUGUCGAAGAUGAUCAAAGAGCGAAAAGGCUAUGUAUUGAAGGGCUUUUCUCGGAAUUUUUGCCCAUUUUUCUUAGGACAGAUAAUGAAACUGUUUGGAACCCGAGAAACCGCGUUUGCGUUCUUUAAACUCGCGUUUCGGGACGUUUCCGAGGGGACCGUCCGGUCGUGUUGUAUCGCCGCGCAUCUUUUAGCGGCGGAGGAGCUUCGGUACCUCGCACAAGACGUGGUUUCGAGGGUAAUUGGGAGGAUUGGGGCGGGUAGGAGUGAGGGCUUGGUAGAAUUUAUGUGGAGGGGUCACCAUGAAUACGAGUCUGAUUACUCGGUUCUCGAUACGUUGAUGCGUGGUUUUGUGAAUGUGGAAAUGGGGAAGGAGGCAUUGGGGGUUUUGGGUAGGAUGAGUGAGGUUGGAUUGAGGCCAAGUUUGUCGGCGUUUACGGUUCUUUUCAAGUUGUUGCUUAGAGUUGGUGAUUAUGGUAGUGUGUGGAAGUUGUUUAGGGAUAUGGUUCGUAAAGGGCCUCGCCCUUCUAAUUGUACAUUUAACAUUAUGAUUCUUGGGUUUUGUAGAAAAGGCUUGGUUAGAAUUGGAGAGAGUUUGUUACAUGUUAUGUGGAAAUUUCAGUGUGAACCGGAUGUCUUUACAUAUAACAUUGUGAUCAAGGCAUACUGCGUUAGGGGAUGGACAUCUGAUGCACUUAGUUGGGUGCACUUGAUGAGUGAAAGGGGUUGUAAACCGAGUGCUGUAACAUUUAAUACAGUGUUAAAUGCCUUGUGUAAGGAGGGAAAUGUGGUGGAAGCCAGGAAGCUCUUCGAUGGAAUUCAAGAUGUGGGCGUUUCUCCUAAUACCAUAAUUUAUAACACUUUGAUGGAUGGGUAUGUUAAGGCAAGGGACAUUGUUCAGGCAAACAUCCUUUAUGAAGAAAUGAGGAAAAAGAGUAUACCUGUUGAUGGGGUAACCUUUAAUAUUUUGGUCGCUGGGCAUUACAAGUAUGGAAGGGAAGAGGAUGGUGACAGGUUAUUGAGGGAUAUAUCUCUAUCGGGAUUGCUCCCAGAUCAUUCACUGUAUGAUAUUUCGGUUGCAGGGCUGUGCUGGGCAGGUCGGUUGGAUGAAGGCAUGGAGCUUUUAGAGGAUAUGCUUGAAAAAGGAAUAACUCCAAGUGUGGUUGCUUUUAACUCGAUUAUUGCAGCUUACAGCAGGGCAGGGUUAGAAGAAAAGGCCUAUGAGACCUAUAAAAUUAUGGUUAGAUUUAAUUUAAGUCCGUCAUCUUCAACAUGUAAUUCUUUGCUUAUGGGUUUGUCCCAGAAGGGGGGCCUGCAAGAAGCCAGAGAGCUUUUGUGUAAGAUGAUAGAAAAGGGUUUUCCCAUCAAUAAAGUGGCAUACACGGUCCUUAUGGAUGGAUAUUUCAAGAUAGGGGAUCUGGAAGGGGCUCAAAGUCUGUGGAAUGAGAUGGCACAAAAAGGGAUUUCUCCAGAUGCUGUUGCCUUUUCAGCCUUUAUAGAUGGACUUUCUAAGGCAGGUCUGGUGGAGGAGGCGUAUGAUAUGUUUAUAGAAAUGUCAAGGAGAGGGUGUGUGCCAAAUAAUUUUGCAUAUAAUUCUUUGAUUUAUGGCUUUUGUAACCAAGGGAGGGUGAAUGAAGCAUUGAAAUUGGAGAGAGAGAUGAGGCAGAAGGGACUUCUUCCAGAUAUAUUUUCCGCCAAUAUGAUCAUUAAUGGGUUAUGUAGACAGGGUAGAAUGAAGUCAGCGAUUGAUGCCUUUAUAGAUAUGCAGCGGACUGGGUUGAACCCGGAUAUUGUCACAUAUAACACUUUGAUUGGUGGUUUCUGUAAAGCAUUUGACUUGGUUAGUGCAGAUGAGUUUGUGAAUAAAAUGUAUGCCAGUGGUUGGGACCCAGAUAUUACAACAUACAAUAUCUGCAUUCAUGGUUUCUGCUGCAGUCGAAAAAUGAAUCAAGCUGUGAUGAUGUUAAAUGAGCUUGUUUCAGCGGGUAUUGUUCCAAAUACAGUAACAUACAACACUAUGAUUAAUGCUGUUUGUAGUGAUAUGCUGGAUCGUGCUAUGAUUUUAACUGCAAAACUGCUGAAGAUAGCUUUUAUUCCGAAUGUGGUUACAACCAAUGUGUUGUUGUCACACUUUUGCAAGCAGGGGAUGCCUGAGAAGACCUUAAUGUGGUGUCAGAAGUUGAGUGAGAUCUCCUCUGAUUUUGAUGAAAUUACCUAUAGAAUAAUGGACAGAGCCUACCAUAAUAUACAACAAGAAGAUGCUGAACUUUUUAGAGGAACUUCUACAAAGUGCCUGUUUCUGGAUUUCCUCAUGUACAUUACAUAUGAUUAUUUGCAUAGAAAUAAACCUCACAAAGAAACAAUCCAGAAUCCUCUUAAACUAUUUGAAAGUGGUUUUGGUGGGUCCUGAAAGUUGGCUUAAAGAUAGCAGUUCAAUUAUUGUGAUCAGAAUCUUAUGCAAUCAUGAGUGUGGUACAUGCAUUGUCAAGGUACUUGGGAUUUUAAUGAAUUGAGUGGUGAUGAGAAGUUAGAAGCAGCGUCAAUUAGGGAAAAACAUUGGGUUUAGAUGGUUUCAGUGGAGAGUAACUCCGGUAGAACUGGUUGCACUACAGGGAGAAAGGAAUUGUUACGAAAGAUGGGGUAAAGACAUUGAAAAAGACAGUGGCUGGUGAUUUACAGAUAAAUUGGCCCUACAUAGAGUAGAGCAAUUGAAAAUAAUUUAUCUGACCAACAAAAAUAUUUAAGGAUAACCUCUUGUUCAGUUGAGUUGUGUUGGUCUAUUGAAGUACUAGCUGGUGCUUACCUUUUCCUGUUUUGGUAUUGGCCUUUUGGUUGUUACCCUCUGCAGUGUGCUUUUUGGCCGGUUUCCCAGUAUGAAUUUCUUAUGGUUGAAUGCAAAACAGAGUUCACUAGUAUAGUUUGAAUGGGAAGUAAGAAAGUUCAAUCAGUAUGGAACCACAAAUGAAUUACGAAGUCUUAGCUAGGUCCUCGGAGCUGAUAGAGAACAAUGGGUUCGAGUUUAUUUUUUGGCAAGUGGCCGACUUUACAGCAAUGAACAUUGCUGCUGAAUUAUUCCUCGAGUUGUUUUGGGGCUUGGAGGGGGUUGUUAUGAGAAGUUUGUUGUCAAAAUGGUGCCGAGGUGUUGCAUGGUAAGUAGCAUACAUUACCUUUUGUAGGGGAUGCAGUUCAACAUGACCUUUUGUCCAGCCAAAAGAAGCUGACAUAUUACCAACAUUUUGACUUGGCAGAGUAUGAUACACUUUAUAGUUUGUGGCAUUGAUUUUUUCUUUUCUUCUUCUUUUGAAUAUUGUGUUUCAUAGUUCAAAUUGCUUGGAAAAUAAGUGUUUGACACCCUUCAUCGUCAAAUGAUUUUGUAUAGGAAUUUGAAUAGGAAUCUGAGUAUUGAACAGAUUUGGCUUAGGUGCUGAAAAAAAAAACUACAACACAUUUCCUGUAGUUUUUUUAAACGGUUCAAAUCUAAUUCUACUAUAUCUUUCUCAUGGAAACCUAGAAGUAAAUAUGGACCGUUGAAAGAACUACAAGAGAUGCGCUGUAGCUUUUUUUAUAGCACCUAAGCCAAAUUCGUAAUGAAUACCUUUCCCUGAAGUGCACUAGCUAUAAGCUUACAAGGUUCAGAUCAUGAUUGAACUCGAAUUUUGAAUUGGGAACCACCCAUUUUCUUUCGUUCAAUGGCUUGAGAACUUCCUACUUUCUUCUAACCCCAGGAAUGAAAGCGACCAUGAUUCCAAUUGUCAUUUCCAUUUCCAGUGGUGUGGAACUUUGCCACUCUCUGACAGGACUUAUUUGAUAAGUAGAUGGUCGCUUAUUUCAGCCGAGGGUCUCUUAUCUCAGCUGCAACCAGUUGUCUGCCUAUGUUGAAACCAAAUAAUAUUACACAUGCUGAAGAAGUCCCUAGCUCUUAACAGUAUCAAGAACUCUGAUGCCCAAUGCCCUCAACAUUUAUUUGAAAUGAUAAUUGGGAGGACUUACGGGAGCUUCUGAACGUUAAGAAUUGCACUCUGGACCAUCUCCUUCCGUGUGGUAGUAGAGAGUUAUGGUCAAGGGAUUUAUCUUUAUUUGGAGUAGAUUGGGCGAUGCCUCAAGAUUGCGAUUGACGUGUUUGAUGAAAGAGAAGCUUCCUACUUUCAACGGACGCAGAGCUGAAUGGAGGCUCCAGCAAUACCAUUUUCUUAUGUUCAUUAUUUGACUGGCUAUGCGCUUUGGACAGCACAGAGUGCCAUUCUUUCUUACAUUUCAAUUCUCUUUCGAAUUUUAUUGUAAUUUGUUAAGAGGAUGUAUUUCUUCAAUCAUCUUGUGUACUAAUUCUUUUUUCUUUUUUUUCUUUUUCUUUUUUUCUAAUAAAAGAACAAAUGUAGGGCAAAGGCAAUGUUC